GAGUCUAUGAGACACGACGAAAAGAGACGCCGAAGCGCCGUCACCGAACAGAUCCUGAAUAGCUUGGCUUUCGAGUCACACAGCCAACGCUACGAUGACGUUGUUGAUACUCAUAGGAAGACCUUUGACUGGGUCUUUCGCAGUCCUGAGUACGGGCCACACGCCGCAAUGGGAAAGCAAUGGAGUGAUUUCUGUUCUUGGCUGCAACAUCAGGAUGGAGUGUAUUGGAUCAAUGGACACGAGGCCACGGGCAAGUCCUCCUUGAUGAAGAGCAUUGUCACCCACCCGAAGGCAGACAAGCUGUUGAAAAAGUGGGCAACGAGCGGCGGCAACGACACGACACUGUUUACCGCCAAGUUCUUUUUCCGGGCCAACGGUACGGAGAAGCAGAGAUCACAAUCAGGGCUUUAUCGCUCGAUUUUGCAUGAACUUCUCAAAAGGAGACCCGGCUCGUGCCCGUCAUCUUCCCGAAGGAAUGGCAAGUGGCAUGCCCGUGCGCGUUUAUGGACGACUAACAAGAAACAGAAAUUCAGCUGGGCGGCGCCAUCAUUGCAGUUCGCCGUCAAAAGCCUGUUUUCCCAGAACCAAGUGCGGCUGCGGGCCUGCCUAUUUAUCGAUGGUUUGGAUCAGUACGAGGGCGACGAGUUUGAGAUAAUUGAUCUCUUCCGAAGCAUAUCGAGCACUUCCAACAUUAAGUGCUGUGUUUCGAGUCGCCGAUCGCCCGCGUUCGAGACUGCCUUUUCAGAUCGGCCAUCUCUACAAUUGGAACAAUUAACCUAUCCCGAGAUGCAGGAGUUGGUCACAGACCAGUUGCGAUCGGACGAAAGAAUCGCGGCUCUCACGAAUGCCAAUAUUGACACUUUUCAAGUACUCGUCGACGAGAUUGUCAACUCUGCCAAGGGUGUCUUCCUAUGGAUGAACUUAGCCGUCUCUUCCUUGCUCCGUGGCCACGGCGACCAAGACGGGAUACUGGAAAUGCACACCCGAUUUCAAGCCACCCCAAAACGAUUGGAAGCCUUGUAUGAAUACAUUGUCACUCGGGUCGACCAAACCCAUCUUGAGGAAUGCUCACGACUGCUCCAACUCGUUGUCACUGCAUCGACAAGCUUGAAGGAUGACUGGCGCGUCGUCUCCCCAUUGUCUCUUCUCGGGUUAUCUUUUGCUGUGGAAGACCACCCCAGCAUGGCCCUCACCUCGCAGCUACACUUUCUCUCACAGACAGAAAUGCAGCAGCGAUGUGAAGACAUGGCUGCGAGGCUGGGUACUGUGUGCGCUGGGCUGCUCCAAGUACAGAAGCGGAACCUUAAGGAUGAGAACGUCAACACGACUUCGAUGGUGACAUUCGUCCAUCGCACCGUCAAGGAUUACUUGAUGAAGUGGGAGACCCAAAAGUUGCUUCGGCAGCAAACUCGAGAAUCCCAGUUCAAUCCCAACUUCGCUAUCCUCAAGUCGACGAUACUGCUAAUGAAGUCUGGGCGACACGUUUCAAGCUCUGAUCGUCUUUCUUACCACCACAUUGAUGACGGCAUCCUUUACGCCCGACGUGCAGAGGCAGAAUUGGGAUCAUG